UGUAUUCAUUUAUACUCUCGAGACAGGUGUAUCAUCACCAUCUACAACUCCCCGAGCUGCUUGAUCGUGCUCUCCGCCACUUUCAAGAGCGCGGCCUUGUCGGCCUUGGGCAUGGCCGUCGCGAAGACCUUCUGGAGCUUCUCGACCGUGUCGUACUCCUCGCUCAACGAGCCGUCGCGGUCGAACUCGAUGUCCUGGAUCGAGUCGGGCAGCUCGUCCUCCUCCGCGACGCCGUGGAUCUUGACGAGGGCCGCCUUCAUGGCGUCGUCGAUGGCCAUGAGCGCCUUCAUCCGGCCCUGCGCGGUGACCGCGAUUCCGAGGCGCGUUCGAGGCGCGUCCGGCGCGGCGCGUUCGCGGACGCGGGCGCCGCGCCAUGUCGUAUUUUGCGGUGACGAGGUUCUUCUUCAUGGUUUUUGAGGCGCGUAGGACGGCUCGUGGGCUGUAA